CCUGGCGAGACGUACAACACAUCAUAGUAUGGACAUCUGAGCCCGCGCCUUUAGAAGUCCCAGAAGCCAAUGAGCCAACUUUCAAAACAAACAAAAUUGGUUUGAAAGUGGAUGAAGUUUUUGGAUUUGGGCUCCUAAAUACGGACGCCAUGAUUAAACUAGGCUGAUCCGGCAACUUGGCAGACUGUCCCGGAAUGGAAAGAAUGUGUUAUCACGUCUGAAGAUGCCAAAUUUACACAAAGCCAUAUACCACGAGGCGGUGAAUUAAAAUUUGACAUCGACACUACCAAAUGCAUGGAUACGAGUUCUUCCUCGGUUAAUUACCUUGAGCAUGCGCAGUUCACAGUUACAAUUACUCACCCAAAUCGCGGUAGUUUGGCUAUUGACAUGACAUCACCACAAGGUACUGAAGCGAUGCUUCUUUCGGCGAGGAACCAGGACCGUUCCAAGGAUGGCUUCAAAGACUGGACGUUCAUGUCUGUACACACUUGGGGUGAGAAUCCAAUCGGUCUUUGGAGUAUAUAUAUCAGAGACGUGCAAACAAGUCUUGGCCGUGCAGAUAAUUCAGGUAUAUUAGUAGAGUGGAAACUGACUGUACGAGGAACCACAGAAAAACCGAACCACCAGCCCGACGGUGGACGCGUGUACGGAGCUGAUUACAACAGCGUUAAAGACGAUAGAGGGGCGUCAGUAGAAGAAUCGGAACCGGAACCAGAAUUGACUGGAAAUCUUAACAACGGUAUCAUGGGUAUUUACAACACUGCACAGCAGUCCGAUUCAUAUAUCGACGACUUUAGCCACGACAAUGACGACGAUUCUCUGGAAAACGAAGUAUAUCAAACAGACGAUCCGGACAACCUUAAUAUCUUUGAAACCUAUCAACUCUUACAAAACUUAAAAGUGGAAGCCGCCAUGAAAGAGUUCGAAAAAGCGGAAAUGUUGCAAUAUCUUCUGAAAAAAGGAAGAGAUUCAUAAAUUGUCUUCUACGAAUUUAAAGAGAAAAAAACAACAAAAAUCAUUCGGAAUGGUUACGUUUAAAACUGCCUUAUAUAUUAAUUUAUUUAACUAUAAUUUUGGAUGUCCUGACUAUUUAAAAUCCCUAACACAUUUGCGAGAGAGUACAGAAAAUGGCCGAAUUUUUGUUUACCGAAUUCUCUGAAAUAUUGUUUCGGCGGUUGCCCGGCAACUUCACGAAUAGCCCAAUCUGAUAAGUUAUUUACAUGCUUGCCUUGUAUUCCACUUCAAUACACCUUGCAUGCAUUUUAGACUCGUUUUCAUCUUUCUGGGAAUGCUAUGUUAGCACGAGAGUUGUGGUGGUUGCGGGUGGUCUGGAGUAAGAUGGGGUGCCGAGACCGUGACAGAGAUGUGUGUGUGUGUGGGGGGGGGGGGUAUCCAUGCCUCAGAACUGGGUUAUUGUGGACAUGAAUUGAUCAUCCAGAAUUAGUGGAAACAUGGGAUUCUGAUUAAAAUAAUGAUAGUUGCAUUUUUUUUUCUUUGCGGUUUGUAAAAAGGUACUAAGUGCAUUUCUGUGUGAUUUCACACGUGGUAAUGAUUAUUUCACUACCUCAUUCUCAUUUACAAAGGACCCCGGUGUUUCCCCCCUCCCCCGGAUAAAACUGACUCGGAUUGAAAGAAAUAACCACAGCCCAGAAAAGUGCGGUAUGGCAGGCGCUGCGUACCGCAUCUGCAUGUUUGCAACCGCUGGCGCGGUGCGCGGCUGGCCUUCCCAGACUAGUAUAAAAACUGUUUUGCUUCGUCUUUAAUUUGACUGUUUAAUAUAGACCCCCGCAUCCCCGCCCGCCUCAUACAUACAAACAUGUAGUCAGUAUCUGAAAUAUGUGAGAGAACGGUAACAUUUCUGCUGUUAUAUCUACUUUCAUAAGAAUAUUUACACUUGUGAGAAUAGGUGAAUUGAUUUUUCAAAACAUACUCCACAACAAAAAUGUACAGUGUAUAUACACACACAGAGGGUAUAUAAUUUAUUGAUGUUGCUGAUGUUGUAAAUGUGUAUGAUAAAUGGACCUGGAAUAAAAUCGUAAUGAAGAAGGAAGUAAA